UGGACUCUGUCAGCCCAGCUGCAGUCUGCUGCUCGCCUCCUGCCUUCCUCUGUCUGGACCAGCUGCUGAGGAGAAGCCAGCAUGGCACCUGGAAACAAGAACAGGGUGUUUGUCAUCGGUGUGGGCAUGACAAAGUUUGACAAGCCCGGAGCCAGAGACAACUAUAAUUACCCUGACAUGGCCAAGGAAGCAGGUCAAAAUGCUCUAGCAGAUGCAGGAAUCCCAUAUUCUGCCAUUGAACAAGCCUGUGUAGGAUAUGUUUACGGGGACUCCACAUGUGGGCAGAGGGCCAUUUACCACGGCCUGGGCCUGACCGGCAUCCCCAUCGUCAACGUCAACAACAACUGCUCCACAGGCUCCACGGCCCUCUUCAUGGCACGGCAGUUAGUCCAGGGAGGUCUUGCUGACUGUGUGCUCGCCCUCGGGUUUGAGAGGAUGGAGAAGGGCUCUCUGUCCUCAAAGUAUAUGGACAGGACCAAUCCCAUGGACAAGCACAUGGAGGUGAUGAUCAACUGCUAUGGGAUGGCAGCAGCUCCAGCAGCACCACAGAUGUUUGGCAACGCUGGCAGGGAGCACAUGGAGAAGUAUGGCACAAAACCGGAACACUUUGCCAAAAUUGCCUGGAAAAACCACAUGCAUUCCACCAACAACCCGUAUUCCCAGUUCCAGGAUGAGUACAGUUUGGAGCAGGUGAUUAACUCCAGGAAGGUGUUUGACUUCCUUACUUUACUGCAGUGUUGCCCUACGUCUGAUGGUGCAGGAGCAGCAGUUUUGGCCAGCGAGGCCUUCGUCAGGAAGCACCAUCUGGAGAACCAGGCAGUGGAGAUCGUGGCCCAGGAGAUGGUGACCGACUUGGCCUCCACUUUUGAAGAAAACAGCUGCAUUAAGAUGGUGGGGUAUGACAUGUCUCGGUUGGCUGCCAGAAAGUGUUAUGAAGCUGCAGGUCUGAAGCCCAGUGACGUCAGUGUGGUUGAGCUGCACGACUGCUUCUCAGCCAAUGAGCUCAUCACGUAUGAGGCUCUGGGGCUGUGCCCAGAGGGUAAAGCAGGAGAGCUGAUUGACAGAGGGGACAACACAUAUGGAGGCAAAUUUGUGGUCAACCCCAGCGGUGGUCUCAUCUCUAAAGGACAUCCUCUGGGCGCCACAGGUCUGGCCCAGUGUGCAGAGCUGUGCUGGCAGCUCCGAGGGCAGGCUGGCAGGAGGCAGGUCUCAGGGGCUAAAGUGGCCUUGCAGCACAACAUUGGCUUAGGAGGAGCAGUGGUUGUGACCCUCUACAGGAUGGGAUUCCCUCAGGCGGCCAGCUCCCGCGUAGGUGCAGUUCCCACCAGCUCAGGCAGCGGUCUGGAGGGGUUUAAAGCUUACCCCGUCUUCAAAGAGAUCGAAAAUCAUCUACAUGCGGAAGGAGAGCAGCUAGUCAAGAAAAUUGGUGGAGUGUUUGCCUUUAAAGUGAAAAAUGGACCCGGUGGGAAAGAGGCGACUUGGAUCGUGGAUGUGAAGAAUGGCAAAGGCUCUGUCUCCAAUGACCCAGGUAAAAAGGCAGACUGCACCAUUUCCAUGAGUGACGAGGAUCUUCUGGAUCUGAUGACGGGGAAGCUGAACGCACAAACGGCGUUCUUCAAAGGGAAACUGAAGAUCUCUGGGAACAUGGGCAUGGCUAUGAAGCUGCAGAGCCUCCAGGUCAAACCAGGCCAGGCCAAGCUGUGAGACCUGCAGCUAGCUUUUUGUCCUCUGAGCACCACUCCAAGGGCAAAUUUGCUGGAAAACAUAACGCCACUGCUUAUCAACCAGCUAAUUGACUUCGAUGACGUGUUUGAUCUUCAGAUAUUGUCUGUAAAGUUUCAGCUGCUACUUUGAUAUCCGAGCUCCCCGCGUAGUGCGUGCAGAAUCUUACUGACCCAUCGUCUUUUAGCCUGAUUUCAAUCCUCAAAUGUCCGGUGAGUCUUCGGGAGCUGCUUAUAUGCAACAUCAGUGCAAAGUAUGUGGAGCUCCCCUGUUUGAUUGAUCAUGUAGUCAAAACACUCAACGUGCCUCAAAUUUCUUUGUUUCUGUCUUUCUAACUAUGCUUGUCGUUUCAAGCCAUUUUUGGCCUCAACCAUUUUGAUAGCUAAUUUUGUAUAGAAUAUACAUAAAUGCUAUAGAUAUAGCUUAAAUGCUAUUAUAUAAUAAAAAAAAAAUCCUUUGCUGAUAAUACUUCUGAAGUUUUUCUUUCCCUUAGAGGUAGACCUGGUUGGUGUCUAUGCUGUGACCUUGACACUCCUAACAAGCAGAC